AUGACGGGAUACGGUCUCAGCGUCUCGGAGAAUGCGACAGACUCACAGAACGACUACCGCGUCCUGGUGAAAGGACUAGGUAAAUUGCAAAGUCAGCUGUAUUUGGGACUGGCAACAAUAAAUUCGUCUCGAUACAUGGCUCUAUUUCUGCGUCAGAAAAUACAGCAUCUUAGUGGAGUUAUACCAGAGGAAUGUCAGCAGAAACUAGCCCCAGCCUGCCACAUGUUGGAUGAGCGGAUCGAAUUCCUUCUGAGCAAUAUGGAACACAUGUGCAUAAUGGACGGCAUGAAGGAACGAAUGGAAGCGCAGCAAACCGUCCUUUUCAACCUCAUUGCUCAGGCAGAUAGUCUGAUCAAUGUCAGCCUCGCGCAAGAUUCCAGAGAAAUGGCCGUGUCGAGCAAGCAAGACAGUUCAGCUAUGAAGAUCAUUGCCCUACUCACAACUUUUUUCUUACCAGGCACCUUCAUUGCGUCAUUCUUCGCCAUGCCGCUAUUUAACUGGUCUGAGCCUUCACUCCAUCAGGUCGCAAACAGCCACUUUUGGGUGUACUGGGCCGUGACAGGUCCUCUGACAUUACUCACUAUGGCAGGCGUCAUUGCCUGGGCAGUCUGGAACAGCCGUCGCAUCCAGCUCUUACAGUCUCGUGCAAGAGAGAGCGUGGUUGGUGAAGCCAACAGACGCAGAGCGAGGGACAUGGACGAGAAACAAUCACAGGAAACGGAGACAAAACGGAGUUCGAUAUCGGAGCAAGAUCCUUACAAAAAGUAUUCCAUGUUUGAUAUCCUUAACCACCGCUGGCGCCACCAUCACGAUUUGGACACAGCCGAGCCGUGA